UCCUCCCGGUUGUUCCGCCGGGUCUGGGUUCCUGACAGCGGUGAGCGAGUGGUGAGGCCCCUCAUUCCGUCCCGGGAGAGACCCUGACGGGUUCCUUUCUCAGCCGUGAGCAGGUGGAUGGCCGGGCGGUAGGGAGGCUCCGAGCGGCUGUAUUAUUGUCCGACCAUUGAAAUUUGAAGGAUUUGCCCAGACAAUAUCAUCUCCGGCUGAUAAUUCUUGUGGAUAAUGACAUUGGGUCUGACCUGCACUAUGGCAGUUUUCAAGCAAGAUAACGUAGAGAAGUACUAUGAGAUGGGUGAGGAGCUGGGAAGUGGCCAGUUUGCCAUUGUGAGGAAAUGCCGUGAGAAAAGCAGCAAUAUUGAGUAUGCGGCCAAGUUCAUCAAGAAACGCCGCCUCUCUUCCAGUCGCCGAGGAGUGAGCCUUGAGGAAAUAGAGCGGGAAGUAAACAUUCUGAGGGAAAUCCAGCACCCAAACAUCAUUACUCUGCAUGAUAUAUUUGAGAACAAGACCGAUGUUAUUCUCAUCCUUGAGCUGGUGUCAGGAGGGGAACUUUUUGAUUUCCUGGCUGAGAAAGAAUCAUUGACUGAGGAGGAGGCAACUGAAUUUCUUAAACAGAUUUUGGAUGGUGUACACUACCUACACUCAAAGAAGAUUGCACAUUUUGAUCUAAAGCCUGAAAAUAUUAUGCUUUUGGAUAAAAAUGUUCCCAAUCCCCGCAUCAAGCUGAUCGAUUUUGGUAUUGCACAUAAAAUUGAAGAUGGGAAUGAAUUUAAAAACAUCUUUGGAACCCCUGAGUUUGUUGCCCCUGAAAUAGUCAAUUAUGAGCCUCUGGCUUUAGAAGCAGACAUGUGGAGCAUUGGUGUUAUCACUUACAUUCUUUUGAGUGGUGCUUCUCCAUUCCUUGGUGAAACCAAGCAAGAAACCCUGACAAACAUUUCUGCUGUGAACUAUGACUUUGAUGAAGAGUACUUCAGUAACACCAGUGAACUGGCAAAGGAUUUCAUCCGCAGGCUUCUGGUGAAAGACCCCAAAAAACGAAUGACCAUUGGCGAUAGUCUUGAACAUCCAUGGAUUAAGGUGAUCAAGAGAAGGAAUGUGAGACGGGAGGAUAACGGCAAGAAGCCAGAGCGUCGUAGACUGAAGACAACACGCCUCAAGGAGUACACAAUCAAAUCACACUCCAGCAUGCCUCCAAACAACACCUACGUCAACUUUGAGAGAUUCUCCAAAGUGCUAGAAGAAAUCACUGCAGUAGAAGAAAGCAUUCAGGAGCUGGUGAGAAACAAGAAGUCCUUCAAGGAGGACAUUGAUGCCCUUGUUUCUAUUUAUGAUGAAAAGGAAUCUUGGUAUAAAGAAGAGAAUGAAAGCAUCAGCCAGGACCUUGGGCACAUUAAAAAUGAGUUACGUAAGACAGAAACCUUGAGGAAGCAGGCGCAGGAUGAAGUCAAAUCAACCAUGCUGUCUACCAACAUCCUAAAGCGAAAAUAUACUAAACUAGAAACCCGUUAUGAUGCAUUAACUGCAGAACUGAAGUGGGUUGAGGAACUCUUGAAGUCUGUGGAGCAGGAGGGAAUGAAAGGAGGGAUUGGAAACGACGGCCGACAUGGAGGAAUGCGUUAGGUGCCAUUCGGUUGGAAAAAUGUGAACCUCCUGAGCCAGUUCAUUAUCUGCAACUCUGCCAAAUUGGAAUUUGGCUUCAGCCACAGUUCACAAACUAGAGUGUUUUCAGACUGAGUUUAUCUUUAUUCUGGCCCUCCUGAAGGGUUAUUGUUAAAUGAAUUUUUUUGUUAAAUCCCUGAGGAGUAAUGACCUGUCAGUGGAUUCCCAAUCACUAGCAGUGCAUGCUGCUAUUGGCAUUGCUUUUGCUACAUUUGAGUAUUUGUGUUCCAAGGUAUUUGAGCACAAUUUCCUUCCCAACACCUAUUGGCAGGGAGGGCAUUUAUUUGUUCUGAGAGAUGUGCUUUCUUUUGGACAAAAUUCAAACACCCUCCUCACCCACCAUCCCAAUCUUUACUUUUUCUGAAAUUAUUUGGAUCUUUUGCUGACAGGAAUAACUAAUGUAAUUGGAUGACUGAGUUGUUGUCAGGCCCGAGUCUUUUGAAGCAAUCCCUUCUAUAAUCUAAAAUGGUUACAUAUGAAACAGUUAAGAGAACUUCCUAUUUGCAUGAGUUGAUAUUCACUGGAGAAAUAGCAAAAUCUUGAGAAAAGACCAGAUGCAUGAUUUGCAUCAAUGACUACAGUAGUGUGAUUAGUGAAACUAAGGACCAAAUGUACUUGUUUCUGAUUUUGAAGGAAAAUCUUCUUGUUUUACACACUGGCAUUUGCUUCACUGCUUCAGUAGGGAGAGUAAACCUUUUGCAAUACUCACUGCUAAUUCUGAUUGGCAGAUUGAAUUGUGGAUGUGGGCAGACAGCAUAAAUGCCAAAUUCUCUGAGCAGCUGCCUUGUUUUCGGUAGUGAGGAGAUGAUGGGUGUUGGGGCGAAUCUAUUACUGCUUCUGUCUUAUUGCAAGUUCAGGUCCAAUUCUCUAGAGUCCAACGGGCAGCUCUCUUGCAUUUCCUUUAAAAUAUUCUGACAUUGGGUUUAUUUAGCUGGUCUAGGCUUUUGUUGCCUGUAGAUCUCUUAAUUUGGAUGUUAUGACACUGACUCGGUACUAAUGAAGAAUGAGUUGAAAUGGGUUUUCGUUUGAAUCUCAGUAAUGAAAUGCUUUGUUCAUUGCUACACAAAGGUGUUAUGGAAACGUUAUUUAGACAUUUAUAUAGUUAUGAACAGCUUUAAGUUUUGGCAGCAAAGUUAAUAUUUCCUGUGCCUGGGACAAUAGUCCAGCUAUCUUUCAGCUAGCAGAAGUCGAGUAGCAGAACAAGCAAUGAUUUGAUACCAAAUUUAAAUUCCACAAGUUAUUGAACCUGACUACCUCUUGCAGAAUGACUGCUGAGAUCUCCAAAAAUUCCAUUGUUCCCUUUUAAGUGUAUCAGAACAUAGCAUCCUCUGAAAAAGCAUCCUCUGAAAAGGCAUCCUUUGCUUAUUUUCAGAUUUCUAACAUGUGCCUCCUUUGUGUGAAAGGGAUGACCUUUGCUCACAAAAUAUAAACAUUUUUCCACCAGCUCAAUUUGUGGUUCAGUUUUCACUAAAUAUUUUAAAGGUUGUAUUGACUAGUAACUUUGUGCAAGUUCUUAUAAGAAAGAAUUACCUGUAAGUAGCUGGUGUUUCAAUGUGCCAUGCAUGAGAGGGGUCCACUGCAGUCAGUGGUACUGCACCUAUUUCACUGAAACUAUUGCAAGAGAUAUUUGCUGCCAUUCCCUUCCCACCUCCUUUUGAUCUUUUGUAACUUUAGUGGCUAAAAUAUUUCAUUUUUUUGUACUAUUAUUUGUACAACAAUAUUGUCUUAACAUUUAAUAUGGCAUUAACUUGAUUUCCUUUGAGCUUUGGUAUAAGCAAGUUAAAUCUUUAUUUAUAAUUUGUGAUGUAAAGAACUUCAGUGUAGUGCACUGUGCAACUUUCUUUUGAUCUAGUCUUAAUGUUUAAAUGUCCAGUUAACAUCAUUUGCACGCAAUGCAUUACUUUCCAUGCAAUAAUAAACAGUAACAAUUCCAAGAAUUUGAAGUUAGGAAAUUAGUUUUGUUGAUGGGUCUAAUUUGUGGAGAGCAGCCACACAGGUAUUAACUAUUCUUGGACUGUUUGAGUAAAAUAUACUUGAAUGCCAAACAGCGGGAAGAGAAAAAUUUCUUCGAGUAAUUGAGUACUCUUGUGGUAAGUCCAUUUUGGUCACAUUAUUUGCUUUUGCAUUGAACAGAUUUUUUAGUGCAACACUCAGUUGUGAUCAGGAUUGAUCUGUAUUGUCAGCAAUAUCACCCUAUCACUUUGUCUUGAUGUUCAAUACAGAGCUAAAACUGUUUAGCUUCUGGAUGUUUAAAAUUCUGGGUUUCCAUUCUCUCUAUCCUGGAAUAUAUAUAGCAAAAUAUUAAUUUGUUCUGUGAGCUAAGUCACUGUACAUUCCACAUGCAUACUUUGUUUUAAGACUUGAAUCCUGCACAGUAGUAUGAGGUAGUUGCUGGACAAAAUGAAUGUGACCAGAUGUAUUAUAUGCACAUCAAGUCUUGGCAUUGUCUACACUGCAAAGUUCAUAUUUAUUCAGCUGAAUGCUAAAAGCACCUUUAAUUGUUUUAAUGCAUAAUGCAGUUCUUGAAAAUCACAGAACUGUGAUCUUCAUAGCAUAGGUCAAUAUGGAAACAUCUUAAACUCCAAUCUAUUAAUGUGUGUUGAUGUGCUAAUUAUCCCCCCAGUACUGGAGAAUCAUGAUAGAAUUAAAAAUGACUGUUCAGUGUUGGAAAAGACCACCAGACUGCACAUCUUCAACCGCCUACCCAGCACUCAGCCGGAGAGAAUGGAAACGUACUAGAUUGAUUUGUCAGCAACCUACAUGUCAAGGAGAAAAACUGAGGGAAUAUUCCAGCAUCCGCUUUCUAGCAAUUCCUGUGAUUACGCCCAUUUGGAUAUUAGUGAUGUUACCUCCCUACAGUCAAAUAUCCUGACACUGGGUUCAGACCUGUUGAAUAGCUGAGCUGUUCUGCCUGUAUUCAAUGCUGGCUGUUCAGAAGAGAAGAGCAGAAUUCUAUUGGGAUGUUGUACUGGGAUACUACCUCUGAGAAUGAACUUUUCAAUGCUGUAAUUUUAAAUCUUUGUACUGUUUUGUUUAAAAUCACAUUUUGUUUUCCAUCCAAUUGAUCUGGCAGUACAUUAAUCUUGCCAUUAAUUUUAUCUGAUCAAUAAUCUAAAUUCAUUAUUAGAAUUCAGUUAAUUAAAAUUGAGGAAAAUGAUAAAUUAGUCUACCCUGAUACUUUGAAUAGGAAAGCGUUAAUUAGAUUUCUAUGGACCCUGUGCCCCAUCCUCACCAUGACAGAAUCAUUAUAACCUUAUCUGUGAAAGCAUGCUACGCACAAAAUGACUUCUGCAUUUUCUAUAUUACAACAGUGACCUUCAUUACCCUCAGAUCUUUGAUUUAUUGAUUAUCCUGUGUAACCCAACCUUCAAUAAAACGGAUUUACCUAGUAAUUUAAUAGCCUAUCAACUUGCAGCAGAAUACUAUUGGGAUAAUAUUUUAAAUGAUUUGAAAAAAUGCUUUGUGUAUAAAUUUAGACUAAUGUACGAACCAGUUAAAGACAAUUUGCGACAAAUCCUGACUUUCUGUAGCUACAGCAAAUCUUGCUAUAGUUUGUUUCAACUAUCCUGAGUUAUAUGAAAUGACUUGGUCAGUCUAAGCAAGUCAUGAGUUCCAGGAUACAGUCUCAUUCAGUGUCAAGUGUAUUCUGUAACCAGUCAAGUUCAUCCUGUUGCAUUUUAAGCAGCUGUUUAGUACCAAGGUAUACACUCUGGAAUCAAACCAGCACUUGAUGGGUUGCAAGUGUAACAUACUUUUGAGGAACAAAUUAUACUUAUUUGCAUAAUGAAAGAAAAAGUGGGCAACAUUUUCACCCACCCAGCACUGGAGAAGUUAUCUGUAGACUAGCAUAGAUAAUUAAACCAAUUCAUAUUUAAUGAGCAGAGUCCAAGUCAUUCAAUACAGCAAAAUAAGUAUUUUUCUGGGCUGUAAAUGAUGUUUGAUCUAUCAAGUCUUUGUUUACACAGCAGAUUGUCCAGCUUUUACCAUCAUUGAACCUUAUCAACAUGAGCUGUGCCUCUUAUUCAGCUUCCUUUUUAAAUAUACGUAGAAUCAACCUUCCUGCCGGUGUAGGUUCCACUUCUUCAAUUUUCAGUGCAAAUGGAAAUGAACUUUUCUGAGUUGUAUUUGUAUACUUGAAAAGGUCACUUGAGGAAAAUAUUAACCACUUGUCCAUGCAUUUGCUUCAGUGAGUGGUGGUUAAAACUAAUAGCUACACCCAAGAGGUUCUCCUAUUUAAAACCCUUUUCAAUGGGUGUAAGGCCCCACUUAGGGGUAAGCAGUUAUCUGCCCUGUGUUUGGAUGCUUGAUGUCAGCUAGCUUCCUCACCUGACUACUGGUUAUGGUGCAACAAAACUUGCCAAUAUUAUUUCAAUGAACACAACUUCUAUGGGAGAAACUUUCUACAUGUGAUUAAACUUUCUACACUAUUUGAAACAAAUGGGACAUUGACUAAUGAAAUAUGCGAUAUUUACUAGGGAUGAUGGGGGAGAGAGACAAAGCUUUUUUAUCUAUCAAGCAUUUAGUGUUUAAUCUUGUGGCUUCACUGUCUAAUGCAUUAGUGGGCAUGUUAUACACCAACUAGUGCAUAUGAUGCAUGUAUUUAAAACCACUUCGAAUUUCCUUUACUGUAAACUUUGAUCAUUAGUUGCUAUUUGUAUGCAUCACAUUUUAAGAGCUAUGAACAAAGUAUUUUACUGUUUAAGGUGAUCAAGGCUCAUUUCUUUAACAUUUUAUAAUAAACUUUUUACACAAAAUAUG